AUGAGAAUUUAAUCAUAAAGUUCUUUAGCUUUUAUAAUAUAAAUUGUAUUAAACCUUAAAUUAUUAUCUCUGAGUCUUGCAUAGAAAUACACUAGCAUAUGGAAUAAUAAUGUAACAAUUCAAGACUCUUGCAUAGGUUCUAAUACAAGCACUGUUCUCAACCAGAAAAUAAUUGACUGUCCAUAUUAAAAAAGUUAUCUACUUAGCAGCUACUAGUCUUACUAUUAUCAGCCUUUUUUCAAUAUUACAAUCCAAGAAACAAACGACUAAAAAAUAAUAUUAAAUAACAAAGGCUUGGGUAGUGUUUGUGUUAAAUUUGCUGAAAUAUGCUUGGAAAAUGUUAAAUAAAGUCAAUAAUAUCAACCUAAAUCAGAUCAGUAUUAUAGAAUAUUUUCUUAACUUAAUACUUAUUAUGUAUCAAUUCAGAUAAUUCCUGCUAAUACUUUCAGCUUGACUAUAAAUGGCACUUAAUACAUUUGUUGGAAUUACUAAAAUAUUACACUUGAUGUUGAUCUCGAUAAUGCCUUCUAUGGAAUAUCGGGAAUUUAAACUGAUAAUGCUUAAUUAAAAACUCAAAAUCCAGACUUUGUAAUUUGA